AUGGCGUUAUCGCAUUCGACCAAUCGGCGGCUACGGCUGACAGGAUUACAGAUAUGGGGGACCGGGGCACAGGGACCGGCGCUUCGGGGUGGACACAUCGACUACCGGCUCGCGUGCGUCAGGGCGGCUGACGUGACGAACGGGCGCUUUCUGGACUACCUUUCCCCAUCUAGCCGAGACAUCGUGCAGCCGUUCGAGCGGCUGGAUUUCUCUGGGUUGCUGAGGAGAUUAAUGGCCUAUAUGAGCAGAUCCUCUCCCCUCCUCGCCCUCCGCUCCACGUCGUCUAGGAUUUCAGAACCACCGGAGCUGGACAGCGACCGUAUGGCGCAAGCGCUGGACACCAGCCUGGCAGCCUCUCGAGACGCAGGCGGAUGCCAGACUCGUGCGCCGCUGCACGCGGGUCCCGGAGGUCUAGGCAUGGCGCUCGAGGAGGAGCUGGCCAUGCUUACCGGGGAGCGUGAGGAGGAGGACGCGCCGGAGCUAAGCGCCUUGGAGGCGCCUGGGAACGUGCAAGACGCCGAUUUAUUAUCGCUCUUCCGACAAAAAGAGAGGGAUUUGGUUCUAGCUGCUAAACUGGGGAAAGCACUACUGGAAAGAAACCAGGACCUCACCAAGCAAUAUGAGCAAAUGAACAGGGACCUAAACGAAAAGCUAGAGCACCUGGAGCAGGAGAAGUACGAGCUACGGUGCCGAAUGGAGCGGCGCGAGGGUGAGUGGGAGGGCCGCGUGGCGGAGCUGGAGGCGGACCUGCAGCAGCUGCAGGGUGAGUUGGACCGGGAGCGGGCACAGCUGCGCGAGGUGGACCGCGGCAAGACACGCGCCAUCACCGAGCUGGCAGACCACAACCAGCGGCUGAUGGAGCAGCUUAGCAGGGCUGCUGAAGUGGAGAGACAGUUGUCCACUCAGGUCCACUCUUUGCAGGAUGACUUUAGAGAGAAGAGUGUCUCCACCAACCAGCACAUGACACGUCUAGAGAGCCUACAAGCGGAGCAAGCGCUAGAAAUAAAGAUGUUGUCGGAGCGCAAGCGGGAACUGGAGCGGCGCGUGACGGCCGCGCUCGAGGAGAACGAGCAGCUGCAGAACGCGGUGGACGGCCUGAGAGAACGCACGCUCGCGCUGGAGAAGCGGUGCCACGAAAAGGACGUGCAGCUGCAACAAAGCCAGCUGGAGCUCCAGGAGGUGCGUGUGUCUCACCGGCAGCUGAGCGCCCGCUUCGAGGAGCUGAGUGAGGAGAGAAAUCUGCAGGUCUACAGUCCCACCAGUCCCUCCCUGCUGUGUGAGAUAGAGCAGAGCAUGGAACAAGAGGAGCUGGAGCAGGAGAGAGAGCAGUUGCGUCUGCAGCUGUGGGAGACCUACUGCCAGGUGCGCUCCAUCUGCUCUCAGCUGAGAGGGAAUGACAUCACAGACUCCGCCCUGUCCACUGACUCGUCAAUGGACGAGUCUUCAGAGACAUCGUCUGCUAAAGAUGUCCCCACUGGCAGCCUGCAGUCCAGCCUCCUGGAACUCCGCAGACUUACACAAAACCUGCUGGAUGGCAAUGAGUCGACGGGCUCACGACGCAGUGAUGAGGAGGUGCUGGAGGAACAGGUGCGGAAGAUGGGAGAAGAGCUGAGAGGAGUCCGUGAGCUUUACCAACACGAACAGGAGAGAGUACGCAGCGCUCAGGAGGAGGUGCUGCAGCUCCAUAAUCAGGUGGCGCUACUCUCAGUAGAGGUGUGCUCGUCGCGGGAAGAGAAUGAGAGACUUAAAACCAUCGGAGACGCCGGAGAGCCCAGUGAUCAACUGCAGAGCGCCAUCCGAGACCGAGACGAUGCUAUCGCCAAGAAAAAAGCAGUGGAGCUGGAACUGGCGAAAUGUAAGCUAGACGUCAUGUCUCUGAACAGUCAGCUCCUGGACGCGAUCCAGCAGAAACUCAGCCUGUCCCAGCAGCUGGAAGCUUGGCAGGACGAUAUGCACAGAGUGAUAGAUCAGCAGCUGAAGGAGAAGCACCACGACGAGUGGCAGGAUCCUCCACGCUCGGCCAGCGCGGACCCCCGUGGACCCGCAUCCAGGCCAACGCACCGCCUCCCUGAUGGAGAAAAGCGCCUCUUCUCGUUUUUUAAGAAGAACUGAGUCUGCCUGGGGAGAAGGAGGGAGUAAGAGUGAGGGAGGAUGACAUGCACACACACAUAGAGAGAGAGAGAGAGAGAGAGAGAGAGAGAGAGAGAAUGAUGCGGUGAAGGUAACGCAAUGAUAGCUAACCUAAAGAGCGAACUAGCCAAAGACUAAAACAGUCAAAUGAAUAAUGUGAGAGACAAAAUCUUGUGAAGGCCUGGAGCAAUUUUGCACUUUAUCUGUAUAAACCACUCUGCUCCCCCCGAGCAGAUCAUUCUUGUUGAGGCGUGAAGAGAGUCGGUGGAAGUUCCGAGGGGUCCUUGGCUGACACAACUGAGACAGUUUUGAGCAUCACUUCAGGGCCACGUGUACAGGGUUACCAAACUGACCCACAGUAGAGGCCAGCCUCCCUUCCUAGUGCCUCAGACAUGCUCCCCUCCUCCCUCCUGCCAGAGGUUCAGUGGAGGCAGGAAAUUUGGCUCCUAAUUCGUUCACACUUGAGCCACGCAGUAGGGUGGGGGAGGGGUCUGGCUGGACAUCUGAAGACAGACUACGGGUUGUAGAUUGUGAAUUAGCUUCAGGUGCCUCUGGACUUCAGAGUGUCCUCUGGGAAGAGCCAAAAUGGAGCCCACCGUUUAGGUUUGUUCACAUGCUCAGGGACACUGAGGCCUUAAUUUCUGAGCCGGUUGUUUACUAGCAAACAUGAAAGGACGUAAUAAUUAGGAAAAAAUAGAAAGUUGAUUAGUCUGUGAUAAAUGUAGUUAUUUCUAAGAGGAAUACCAGUUUACCACAUAUAAAUAUAGAUUAUUGGAGGAACUAAAGAAAUUUAUUAUUAAAGUUAGAUAACAUGCUCAUGUUUUUUUCCUGUUAAUUAAAGUAUUUAAUUACUAUUUAAAAUGCAGUUUCUCUAAUUUUGGGAUUAAUAAAGUGUCUUAAUCUUAAUUUCAGGGCUCACGUGCCACCUUGAGUGAUGUAAACGAACCUAUGAGACUAGUAAAGGUGAAAGUCAUCUGCAGUGCUAUUUCACAAGACUACAAUCUGUGCGGACAAAGAUUCUAGGCUGUGUGUUUAUGUACACUACAAGAAAGUUUUAAACUAGGGCUCGUUUCCCUCAAGGCCGUGAGAGACAAAUGCCUUUUUGGGUGGGUUGUCAGGUGUCUGUCACUAAAUGGCCAAGCUCAAGCAAUUGUGCUGAAACUGAACUGAUACAAAGGGUCUGUUGCCAAAGCCCUUACCCAUGAACCCAUGUGAGGGGACACCACAGUCCAGCCUAUAAGAGAAAAGGGCCAAGGUACGCCUGGGUUGUGAGCUUCCAUUGGAUAGCUAACACCCCCCCCCCCCCCCACCACCACACACACACACACACACACAAAUCUGAGAAGUAGAAUUGUGACUUUUUUUUUGGCUGUGCAGUUCUGCGAAGUCGGGCCCACUUUGAGCAAAGCUAUGCAGACGUCUUCUCCUUUUCACUGAAGCGACUGAUGGUUUGGACAAACCCAAAGAGUGACUUUUUAUACUUGCAGAGUAAACGAAUAAGUUUGGAAUAAAUCCCAAAUUGAUAUAUUUGUAAAUGUAUAACUUUUGAAUGAUAAAAAUCUUCCCUUUUUUCUAGCGCAACCUCUUAAGUAUGUGUGCGUUCUGUGGGUGAGUCUGACUUGUGAGUACCAGUUUACAGGCUGAGGCCCUGGGGACUCCAAAAUGUGCUGAUGGAGUGGGGUGAAGUCUACUUCAUUGUCCGGGUCCAGAGUCCAAAUGAUGACAGAUCAGCAGACAAUCUCAUCAUGCCAACAUAUGCGUGACAUUCUUGUCAGUGGGCACUGAACUAAUCCGAUUUUGGCCAAGACAGCUAUGAUUAGCUAAACGUAUUGGUAACUGUCCAUUUUCCACAGUGGCUCUCCGUCUUUAGUAUGUGUCGCUUGUCAGAUAUGGGGGAGAAAAUCCUAAUAUCCCAUUUUCAGGCUUCCAGAGAAGCGAGCCAGACCGUAGCCGGAGUACGCACUCCUCCACGCUAGCCGGACAGCUUCUCUGUUCUGUGUAAACAAAUCCUGUCCCGUUCUCCUUCUUUUUACUCUUACAUCCGACCACACACGGUUGUGUAAGUGCAUUUCUGACUCGGUACUGUCUUUUAUUUUGUCAUUUAAAUGCCAUUUUCCAAAGUAUUUCUUGUCUGUGUCCUGAAUGCUCUUUGCAGAAUAAACAUUUUCUCAGUA